AUGAUGCGAAAAAUAAUGAUUCCCUUGGUAGUCAUCUCCUUAUUUGGCUUCGCUUGCUGCGCCGAGUACUCGGACGAAUUUGCAAGGAUGUUGGUUCCUUUCAGUGCUGCAGCAUACACGGAUACUCCAUGGAAAUGUUUGGCGAAGUAUUAUCCGAACUCUGAGUUCCAACGUGAAAUAAAUGUACGUUGUGGUAAUCAUCGCUGUUCUGGAUUUACAGCUGUUCUUCACAACCACACGGCUAUUGUCGUCAGUUUCAGAGGAACAACACAUUUACUCCACCUUAUUGAAGAGUCAUUCAAAGUGGUCGUCGAAAAAAACGUUGAAUGGCCAUAUGGUGGAAUGGUUUCAAAGUAUUUCCGCGAUGCUUUUAUGGACAUUUGGUCGAGUGGAAUGGAACUGGAUGUAAAGUUAUUGAGAGCAAAGUUCCCGAACUACGAAGUUUGGCUUACCGGCCAUUCACUUGGAGGUGCGCUGGCCUCUCUUGCGGCUCAUUGGAUUGUUGGAAGUAAAAUAAUCGAUGGUAGCAAAAUAAAACUCGUAACAUUGGGUCAACCAAGGAUCGGUGACAAGAUGUUUGCAAGGAAUCACAGUGCUGCGAUUGACUACUCUUUCCGAAUCGUACAUUGGCGUGACGUUAUACCUCAGCUACCCUUGUACGACGAGAGACCAGGAGGCUAUUAUCACCAAAAUACUGAGAAAAUUCCAGAGGAGAUGAAACAAAAGAAACUUGUAUUAACAAAUACUGUGCUCAUUUCUCCUCUUUCAGUUUGA